AUUACUACUUCUAACCUGCUAAUGAUACAUUGUAGACAAGUAAUGAUUAAGACAAUGUAAUAACUGCUGGAAAGAAAAAAAAACAAAACAAUAGAAACCCUCAUAUAAUUUGUAAUGGUUUUAAAGGUUAUAAAGGGAAUUGUAUUGGUUUUAAUGGAAACUAAUGGUCCCUGUGGGUCUUUACUUGUAAUUUGUUGCCUUCUAUUGGUGGCAUGUCUAUGUCUAGUGGAUACCAUUAAGGAUCCACAUCCUUAAUAUAUCCUACUACAUAAUGGAAAUCAUUUGGUAAUGGGUUUAAUGGUUAACAUCCUAUGGUUUGUAGUGGAAGCCAUUCCAAAAAUUCAAAUGGUUUCUAUUGUUUUUGUUGUUGUUGUUGGUUGUUGAUAUUUUUCCAGCAAGGACAACAGUAAGUUAUUCAGAAAACCUCAAACAUUUAUUUAUGAAAUUAUUUACCAGUUGGUGAAGAAGGUCUACCAGUUUGAUCAGCCCUGCCUGCAUUUUUGGCAAAUUUUUUUUUUUUUUUUUUUAAACUCCCCAAUUGUCAGUCAGGACUUAUUGUUUAAUAUAUUUUUUUAAAGUAAUACUACUAUUUUAUAUUGUUCAGUGUGACAGUAAUUUAUACCUCAUGUCAUGAAGCAUGCUGUGUCUAAUUCAUUUUGAAUCCUUUAAAUGCCACUAGUAGGCUAAAUAGCAUUAUUGUGGCAUCUUACCAACACACUGAAACUUAUAAUAAAUGCUAUAUUUAUUCUGCGCAAACUAAUAAAUAGCCUACUGAAUAUAUAAAGUGUCGUUUACUUUAUUAUGUCAAGAAUUAUGUACUUAAAUUACAGUUGGCCUACACCGUACAGUAGCUUAUUCGUUUUCCAGGCUGUUGGGGUUUUGUUGUUGUUUUUAGAAAACCGCAUAUGUAUUUACUUUUAAUAUUAACGUUCCACGGGCGGUUUAACGACUUCUCCUCCUGCAAGAGCACUCACUAGCUUCCGAGUUCAGUGCGUUUCAUUACUGAUCAGAACGAAAUGCUUUCGAGUUUUGCUUCCACGAAAGCGUCCCGUGGUUCACAUGAUAUCAGGGUUGGUGAAAAUGUGUUGCAUGAAGAAGUCGCGGAAAACGUGUUUAAAGCUGUCAACCUGCACAGCGGCAAACAUCUGCUCUGUAAGGUUUUUCCCAUUAGUAGAUUUGCCCAGUCCCUGGCUGUGUACUCUCACCUUCCUGUUCAGCCCAACCUACACCAUCCAUUUGAAAUCAUCCUUGGACACUCUACAGCUUAUGUCUUCUUUGAACAUACGUACGGUAACGUGUACAGAUAUGUUCAGUCCUCAAAAGGCUUGUGUGAAGAUAAAGCUCUGAGGCUCUUUCAUCAGAUAGUCUCUGCUGUGGCACAUUGUCACAAUAACGGUGUGGUUCUGCAUAGUCUGAAAAUGAAGCAUUUUGCAUUUAAAAAUGAAGAGCGAACCCAGUUGGCACUGUGCACCCUUAAAGACACAUAUAUGAUAGAACAGGAUGAUACUGUAUCAGGCAAGCACAGCUGUCCGGUCUAUAUCAGUCCAGAGAGCCUACAGCCAGAGAGCUCAUACUCAGGAAAAGCAUCAAAUGUAUGGGCACUUGGAGUUAUAUUGUAUACUAUUCUGUUUGGAUGUUAUCCUUUCUCACACACAAAGCUCAACGGUCUGUACAGUAAAAUCCAGAAGUGCAAAUUUAUUCUUCCAGAGCUUCUCUCACCUAAAGCCAGGUGUCUCAUAUGUAGCAUCCUUCGACUAGACCCUUCAGAGCGGCUAACUGCAGAGGAAAUUUUGUCCCAUCCUUGGUUUUCCUCUACAAGCUACUCUCAGUAUAUGUGGAGGAAGAUGUUCUACAAAGAUGAAGAUCAAAAAGUUCCAUCUUUAUAGCAAAUUAGGAAAACCUGAUCUCACUCACUGGAAGUGGCUGUACAUCUACACAGAUGUUACAUGCACAUUAGGAACUGCCUUAUUUGGCCUAUAGUGAAGACCCUUGUAUACAUGUCUUCUUAGUACAUAAUUUAGGUGAUUUAAAAUGCAAUUUUUAGCUACAUUUUUAUGUACAUUAAUUGGCCAUUCUAUCAGAUACAUAUACCAUAUAUGUCACUUUGUAAGUACAUUUACUGACUAUAGAUUAUCUACUAUUAUACACAAUUUAUCAGACACUGUUCUAUCAAUAUAA